CGCGAUACUUCCCUGGAUUUCCCUCAGCCUGUGUACUGUAGUGUGUAGUGAAUCCGCUCCCCCUCGCUCCGCUGGGAAAGAAGAAAAUAAACGACUGUCUGCUAACAGAGCUCGGUAUGGACCCGAACUCUGAAUGAACCGGGUCAGAGCGGCUCCCUCUGCAUGCAGCGGGUCUAGCACGGACCACAGCACGGGCUCAGCGCGGGAAAUCUGUCCGCGAGGGAAUUUAAAGUUAAAGAGAAGAAGCAGCAGGAGCUCCUUUUGCUAUCGCCGAGCUAACACGGCUAACCCGAGGCUAGCUGGAUGAAGUUCGCAUGGACUGAGAGCUGCUGCUGGGAUAGUCUGCUGCUGUCUCUCUGAGGGCUUUCUUUAUCUUCACAUGGGAGUCUGAUGUUACCUGCUGGACACUGUUACCGCACAGAUUAAAGAGGAGAGCUGUGCGCAUGUGUUGUUUCCGUGGCCAGCACAUUAUUGAUGUGUAAAUCCACUGGAAGCUAACAGGAUAUUAGCCUCCUCGCUUUGUGGGAGCAGGCCAUGGACUGAGCAUCAGAGGGAUGGCAGGCUGGCUUAAUGGCAGCUAAUUAUUCUCCAUUGGAAAAACAGACAAAAGAAGACUUUAAUUUGAAUCCCUUUAAUUCCUCAGUAGUCUUCAUGGAAAUGCGCUGGAGUUCAGGAGCUUUUAACAAGUUUGGAUAAAGGUCUGCAGAGGAUUCCAGCUUCACUCUUUAUUAGGGAUAAAAUUAGAUUAAAAGACGUGAAGGAUGUCUACUGCUAAAGAAAAUCCCUGCAGGAAAUUCCAGGCAAACUUCUUCAAUAAGAGCAAAUGUCAGAACUGCUUUAAACCCAGAGAGCUGCAUCUGCUGACAGACCAGGACCUGACCCAGGCUAAGCCUAUUUAUGGUGGAUGGCUGUGUUUGGCCCCUGAGGGAACCGAUUUUGACAAUCCUAUGCAGAGAUCUCGGAAAUGGCAGAGGAGAUUCUUCGUGCUGUACGAACACGGCUGUCUACGUUUCGCUCUGGACGAGUCGCCUAGUACGCUCCCUCAGGGCACGGUGAACAUGAACCUCUGCACGGAUGUCAUCGACGCAGAGCCGAAGACGGGUCAGAAGAACUCUCUGUGCAUCAUCACGCCUGAUCAGGAGUACUUCAUCAGAGGAGAGAACAAGGAGAUCAUCAAUGGGUGGAGCGACCAGCUGGUGGUGUACCCCCGCACCAACAAACAGAACCAGAAGAAGAAACGUAAGGUGGAGCCCACCACCUCCCAGGAGCCCGGUCCAGCAAAGGUGGCGGUGACAGGUUCAGGUAUCCCAGAGGCUGAGAAGGUUCCAGACUCCAGCUCCAUCAUCUGGCAGGAGGAGCUGAACCAGAGGGAGGCCGAGGGGGCCGCCGUGUGGGUUGCUGCAGACCUUCCCCCUGGAUCACCGCUGCCCCCUGCAGGUGACGGAGCGUCUGCAGCUCCAGGUUCUGAUGCUGGCUCAGUCAAUGGUGAUGAGGUGGACCGAGGCAGCCUGGUGCUGCAUGGCUCCGCCCCUCAGCCCCCCAACGACCCUCUCUCCCCAACGGGCUCCUGCUCCAGCCUGGGGGGUGUACCCCGCUGCCUCUCCCCGGCUCCCAGCGACCCCUUCCCCUCAGGCAGCUCCCUGCUCUCCAACGGCUCCCACAUCAGCGGUUCGGUCAGCUCUCUGGACUCGGAUGCCAGCGGCAGCACGGUGACCAGCACGGACAGCCACCCCACCCACCAGAGGGCAGGGCACUCUCACAGCCACCACGACACGCCGCGGUCCAGGAGGCUGGAGGCCGAGGCCAGAAAGGCAGAGAAGAGGAGCCGAUACAGGAGCCCCGACAGGACGGAGAGGGAGGCGGUGCUCAGCCCCGAGAGGAGUCGCUCCGGUGUGAUUGAGAAGUUGGAGGCAUUGGAGCUGGAGAAUCAGGAGAAGAUGGAGGUGGAGGAGUCAGAAAGGGGCGGGGCCAGACAGGGCCGCAGCGAGCACCGACGCUUCCACAGAGAGGACCAGCGGCAUGAUGUGGGUCAGGGUCUGGAUUUUCCCUCCACACUGCCUCCUCUGAGGAGAGCCAAGUCCCUGGACCGGAGGACCACAGAGUCUGUCAUGACGCCGGAUCUAUUAAACUUUAAGAAAGGCUGGAUGGUGAAGCUGGACGAGCAAGGACAGUGGAAGAAGUUCUGGUUCGUUCUGACCGAUCACAGCCUGAGAUACUACAAGGACUCCAUCGCAGAGGAGGCGUCUGAUCUAGACGGCGAGAUCGAUCUCUCCACGUGUUACAGCGUGACUGAAUAUCAGGCUCAGCGUAAUUACGGCUUCCAGAUUCAUACUCAGGAGGGUGUGCACACUCUGUCAGCCAUGACGGCAGGAAUACGCAGGAACUGGAUCCAGGCGGUGAUGAAGAAUGUUCGACCCUCCACUGCUCCUGAUGUGGCCAGCUCCACCGAGGACCAUGGGUCCUUCUCUCCUCUGGAGGGUCUCAUUCGGCCUGACGUCACCCAGGACUCGCCAUCCUCCGAGGCCUCGUCUGUGGAGCGAGAGCCCGCCCCCGGCGUCCCAAAGAGCCGGGCGAGGGAGCGCAGGAGAGAAGGCCGCUCUAAGACGUUCGACUGGGCCGAGUUCAGGCCCAUCGCUCAGGCUCUGGCCCAGCAGAGAGCUCAGGAGGCAGAGAGCCUGCAGGCGGAGCUGGGAGAGCUGGAGAGGAGCCGGAGGAGGGAGGAGAGGAGGAAGAGGUACGAGUCGGUGACCGGCUCCAUGGUGGAGAACUCAACCGGCAGAGAAGGAGGGAGGACAGAGGGCGGAGAGACGGCCGUGGAUCCUUUAGAGAGGCAGCAGAGGGUGGAGGAGGUCAUCGAACAACACUGGCAGCAGGUGGAGAAGACGCCCAUACGGGAGGAGAGGAGGGUCCCUCUGCGCGGGACAGGGCAAAACAGAGAGGCAGCCGACCUGGAGCAGCUGCUGGAGAGCUACAAACAAGGGAUGGAGGAGCUAAAGGCCCAGCUGGAGAGCUGUCACCAGCAGCUCCUGGACUCUAACAAACACAAGCAGGAGCUGGAGCUGCAGCUGAGGACGGCGUUGGAGCGAGAGCAGGACAUCAGGACGGGCUACAUCUCUCCGCUGGAGCCCCCUCUGGGUCUGGAGGCGGACGUGACGCCCCAGAUGAAGAGGCCUGAACUGGUUAGUCCUCAAGCUCAGAGUUUAACAAAGAAGUACCAGGAGACCAAAGAGCUCCUGAAGCUGCAAGAGCUGAAAAAACGCAAUAUGCAGGCACAGCUUGGCCUCUCGCUUUCUCACCUCCCCAUCAAGGACCCCUACUUUUCUGAACCCCUGGAAGGCCCUCCCCCUGAACCAGUCCAGCAGACUCUUAGCUUCCUGCUGAUGGACAGCACCGAGUCCAUACAGGAACUGGAGGACUUGAUAGCUGAUAAACCUGUGAGCAUUAAGGAGCUGCUGAAAAUGUUGAAGUCCCACAGCUGUAAUAAAGACAUGGCAGAGAAGCAUCAGCUUCAGAAGCUUCUGGAGACGUGGAGGUAUCAACAAGAGGUAGAAAAUGAGACAUUAAAAAAGAGCUUAGCCCGGGCAGGAGAGAGUAUCCGCGAAUACGAAGCCCGCCUCCUGACCAUGGAGGACUUAGUGGGGAAAGUUCAGAGAGCGAGUCUGAGAAGCCCCUACGGCCCGCUCUCUGGGAUCGAAAACCACUCCGAGAUAAACGACAUGAACGUUGGGAUUCUUUCUCAAAGAAUCGAGCUUUUAACAAGCGAGAACGGAGCCUUGAAGCAGCGCUGCCAGGAGAUCAUGAACCAGCUGACCGAGGCCGACAGAGAGAUCGACAGACUGAAGGCUGAGCUGAUCGGCCAGCAGGGAGGCAAACAGCAUCACCUGGUCCUUGAGGAGCUGAAAAUCCUGAAGGCUGAACUUGCCGAGAACCAAGCCAGCGCUAUUGAUCGGGAAUACUACGAGAGGGAGCUGAAUGAGAAAUCUCUGAGACUCCAUGAAGCUCUGGUUACGCUGGAGGAGCUCGGAAACACUUUAAAAGAUACUGAGAAGAAGCUACAGCUGAGAGAAGCCACGCUGAAAGGUCUGGGCUUCCAGGCAGAUUACGGAGACGAGGAGAUCCAGCCAGAGAAUGAAGAAGACGCCUCAAAGGAAAAGCUAUCUGACAUGGAGGCGAACCUUCAGUCUAAGGAGAAGCAAUGCCUGGAACUGGAAUCACGAAACAGAGAACUGAUGGAACUGAACCAAGAAACAAAGAGGGUUAGUGAAGAGAAGCUUAGAGAAGCAGAAAAUGAAAUAAGGAUGCUGAGAGAGAAGUUAGGUAGAGCUGAAGAGACGGUUAGUGAGCGUGUAGAGGUGAAUGAGACGCAGGUUGACAGUAAAGAACCAGAAAAGCAAGUAGUAGAAGAGAUUGAGAGGAGGUGUGAGGCGAUCAAUCAGGUUUUAGAGAUGUUAGAAAAGGUAGAUGUUAACGUAGAGAAAAUGUUCAGUGAUUUAAGAAGCACUUUAUCAACUUCAACGACCAGAGAGACGCUAAUUUUGGAUCCUGAAGACGUGAUGUUAGUGAUGGAGGGAGAAUUCUGGAGUCAGAUGUCGAGAAUAAACCCAGAAGAAGACAAACAUAACUCAGUUAGACGUUUAGCAGAACAGAUGAUGGCACAGAACAGACUGAUGCUCUUCUUUAGGAGGAUGUGUCCUCAAGCAGAGAGCGAGGCUGGUUUUACUGGAUGGCUCGAUAAUGAAACCACCGCUCUGAUUGUCAAAGAGCUAACUGAGACGUUGGAGGUAAAGUCAAGAGCUCUGCAGCAGAUUGCAUCUAAUAUUAAGUUAAAAGGGGAUGGUGAGCUUCUGUCUUUAGCCAGAGCAAGCUUUGGUCAAGAGCAGAAACCUCCAUCUGAGUACGUGCUUGAAGCCCUAAAAGAGGCCUGCACUUCCUGUGUGAACAUCAGGAUGAAGGUCCAACAUGAGAAAGAGCUAAAGCAGACAGAAGGUCAGACUGCUAGCUUGGAUUGUCCAAAUUGUCCCAAACUGAAAGAAGCUGCAAGAAAUCUCAAGUCUAAGGUGUCAGAUCUUGAGAGCCAGCUCUCUGAGAUGUCUUUAAAAUCCACAACAGAAGCACAGGUUUCAGUCCAGAACCAAGGAAAACCCAUGGACUCGUUGGAUAAAUGCAGUGAAGUCCAGGAUUUAAUUGCCAGACACAAGAAGGAACUUCAAGAAGUCAAGGACUGCUACGGGCAGGAAGUUGAAAAGCUGAAGCAUGAGGUCACCGAGACUAAAGAGACGCUGCGACUCAGAUCAGAAGAGAAUGAGAAAGAGAUCGACUCUCUGAUGAUCUGCAUGGAGAACCUGAAGAAGAAACACCAGAUGGAGAGGAUGGACCUCACAGAGAGGUUCGACCGAGAGAUGGAGGAGCUGAGGAGCAUGAUGACCCUGACCAACCAGGAGAAGAGCUCCACAGAAGACCAACUGCUCCAUCACGCUGCGGCUGAAACGUCCACUUUGAAGGAGCGGAUCCAGGAGCUGGUGACGCAGGUGUCGGUGAUGACCCAGGAGAUGAGACGGCGAGAAGAGCAGGGAGACAUUACCACCCUGCGGCAGAAAUACGAGAAAGACCUGGACAACCUGAAGGCCACGUGUGAGCGAGGCUUCGCGGCGAUGGAGGAGUCCCACCAGAAAGUGAUCGACGAGCUGCAGAGGAAGCACCAGAGAGAGCUGGAGAACCUGCAGGAGGAGAAGGAGAGGCUGCUGGCAGAGGAGACUGCUGCUACCAUCGCGGCGAUUGAAGCAAUGAAAAACGCCCAUCGCAGCGAGCUGGAGAAGGAGCUGGACAAAGCCCGAAAGGCCAACAGCAACGCUGAAAACGCAGAUAUAGAGGAGAUCCGCAGGCAGCACGAGGAGGAGUUGUGUUCGUUCCAGCGGGAGAUCGAGGUUUUAUCAGAGCAGUACUCACAGAAAUGUCUGGAAAAUGCUCACCUGGCUCAGGCCCUGGAGGCAGAGCGUCAGGCCCUCAGGCAGUGUCAGAGAGAGAACCAGGAGCUCAACGCACACAACCAGGAGCUGAACAACCGUCUGGCGGCAGAAAUCACAAAGAUGAGAUCGAUGACGUCUGAGGACGGAGCGGGAGACACAAACACCAUGAUACAGGGGAAAGAGCUCUACGAGUUAGAGGUGAUGCUGCGUGUGAAGGAGUCUGAGGUUCAGUACCUGAAACAGGAAAUAAACUCCCUAAAAGACGAGCUCCAGGCUGCCCAAAGAGAUAAGAAGUACGCCACAGAUAAAUACAAGGACAUCUACACCGAGCUGAGCAUCGUCAAGGCCAAAGCAGAGCGAGACCUGGGCCGGCUCAAAGACCAGCUGCAGCUCGCCCACGAGGCGCUUGGAGAGCCAACGCUGGAGGAGGUGGAACGAGGAGGAUACGACAUCAUGAAGUCUAAGAGUAACCCCGACAUCCUAAAGAUGGCGGCCGCUGCAGCCAAACGCUCAGAGAGAACCCUGAGGUCAAAGUCUGUUACUCGGGACAUGCCCUGGGACGACCUGUAGACCCCAACCCCCCUCCUCCUUUAGAGCCUGAAGGAGGGUCUGACAGCCGAGCAGAGACUCCAUCUGUUUGACAACAAAGACACUAAGGAGUUCUGACAGCGACGCUUCACGUCUGCCUGCAUGCCGCAUUUUAGCUCAUUAGAAACACUACACACUGGUCACAAACACGCCGCGUAUGUUAUGAAAAACUCGGUAUGAAGUUUGAAUUUCAUGUCUAGAUGUUUGCAUUCCAUGCACUUCAGUUAACUGUGACAUUUGUCUGUUUUUGCUGCCAUGUCUUACUGUAAAUACUCUGAUUUUAAACACUAAACUGUGUAAGCUACUGUUUUAACUCUAGACUGUUGCUAGCCAAAGGCAGGAAUGUGACGAUUAAACUUCAUACUGACACCACGGGAGCGAUGGCGGCGGCCUUCACAGGACGGGACGGGAGAGCUAUGAGCCCGUCAGAAACAAACCGCCGUGUCUGUCCAUCACUUCUCUCCAACACUAACAUCCAGAACGUUCUCCCAUCAGAGAGCGGCAUGGACGCGUUCACUGAUUAUAAUUUAAUUUUAUAUAUAUGAAAGUUUAUAUAGAGUGUGUUUUUUUCUCGCUGCAGUCGUGGGUGAAGCCGUAGAGGAGCGUUGGAGCGGGUUUUGUUCGUAGUUUGUUCAGUGGCAGUCCCUUUGUAUUUAUUGAAAUGGUUGGGAUUUUUUUCUUUCACAUUCCCAUUCCUCUGUACUCUAUUAUUGUAAAUAUAAAGCAAAUAUACACCAACUGACUACAAGUUUAUUAGCAAUAAAUAUUUUUGCACCCUU